GUGAAACGUCAAUAUAUUUUAUUUAAAUUUUCUUUGGCUUGUUCACGUGUUUGUUUAUGUCUCUCAAUUAAAGUAAUUUUUCCAUAAAUAAAACUGAAUUAGGAACCUCCAGCCUUUUAAAAAUGGAGUCCAAAUAUACACUACCGAGUAAAUCGCCCUUAAAAACAUUCGGUUCUAACGUGCGCAGUGGUAUAAUACCGUUAAAAAGAAAACUUCAAAGUCCAGGUGCAGAAAAUGGUACUGGUAAAAUUUUCAAGUCGGCCAAUACAAAUGGUCAGACAGCGAACAAUAACAAGACUAAUGGUGUGGCACAACAAACACAGCAAACACCCACGAAAUUAACACCAACAAAAUUACAAUUGGAGCAACAACGUCAAGCUUUGCCUGUGACAAAUUGCCGAAAACGUUUGGUACAAGAGAUGCAUAAAUCUGAUAUAUUGCUGAUAAUGGGUGAGACAGGUUCUGGUAAAACAACACAAUUACCACAGUUUUUAUUGGGCGCUGGUUUUGGUAACAAAGGUAUGAUUGCGGUGACACAGCCACGUCGUGUGGCAGCCAUAACAGUGGCGAAACGUGUAGCUCAAGAGCAGCACUGUCAGUUGGGUGAAUUGGUGGGCUAUACGGUGCGUUUUGAAGAUUGUACAUCACCAAAAACACGUAUACGUUUUAUGACUGAUGGUUUUCUAAUGCGUGAAGCUUUAGCAGAUCGUUUACUGCGCAACUAUACGGUUAUAAUGUUAGAUGAGGCUCACGAACGUACUGUUAGCACUGAUGUUCUCUUCGGUGUUGUUAAGGAAGCUCAAAGACAGCGUAGAUUGCGCAGUUUGACCCCCCUAAAGGUAAUAGUCACUUCGGCCACCAUGGAUAUUGAUCACUUUGGUCGUUAUUUUGGUGUUAAGGGCAUGUACUUGGAAGGUCGUACACAUCCUGUUAAGGUAAUGCAUGCCAAAGAAUCACAGUCAGAUUACUUACAUGCUACACUUGUAACACUAUUCGAUAUUCAUCGUAAUACACCAGCUAAUCAUGAUGUAUUGAUUUUCCUAACUGGUCAAGAAGAAAUCGAGGCAAUGGCUCAACAAAUACGUCAAAUUGCCAAGACCAAUCUCAGCAAUAUUGCCGGUGUCAGAGUUUUCCCUCUCUAUUCUCAAUUGCCACAAAAUAAACAGCUCGAAUGUUUUUUGCCAGCACCAGCUAAUGCCCGUAAAAUUGUUUUAGCUACAAAUAUUGCUGAGACAUCAGUCACCAUACCCGGUAUACGUUGUGUCAUCGAUGCAGGUUUUGUAAAACGUCGCAUUUAUACUCCCAGUACCGGGCUAGAUGUUCUAAGAGUAGUUCGCAUAUCCCAGGCGCAGGCAUGGCAACGUUGUGGUCGUGCUGGCCGCGAUGCACCCGGUACAUGUUAUCGUACCUAUACACAAAACGAAAUGAAUGGAUUUGAAAAGAUGCCAAAACCGGAAAUAUUGCGUAGCAAUAUUUGCUCUACUGUUUUAAACCUAUUGGCAUUGGGUAUCGAUUGUAAAAGUUUUGAUUUCCUCGAUAGACCUUCACCCGAAGCCAUGGAUACUGCUUAUCGUAAGCUUGAGUCUUUAGGUGCUGUACGUAAUGCUGCCACUGUGCCAGAACUAACGCCAUUGGGUCGGCAAAUGGCUCAAUUUCCUUUGGAUCCUCAGUACAGUAAAUUGUUAUUGGCUGCUCCACAAUUUGGUUGUAUGGAAGAGAUGUUAAGCUUGGUGGCGGUACUAUCCGGUGAAAAUGUAUUCAUUUCGAGUGCUGAAAAACGUGAACAAGCCGCUUUGGCUCAUGCCAAAUUUCAAUCCAAACAUGGUGAUCAUCUAACGCUGCUGAAUGUUUUCAGUGCCUUUCAGAAGACUGAAAAAAUUAAGUUAUGGUGUCAUGACAAUUUCCUUAACACACGAAAUCUUAUGUACGCCCGUGAAGUACGCAGCCAACUUUUGGAAAUUGUUGAACGUUUGGCUCUACAAGUCAAUAGUUGUGGCAAUAAUUUCGAUCAAGUACGCAAAUGUUUACUGGUUGGCCUAUUCGAUAACAUAGCCGAAUUACAGCGUGACAAUUUCUAUUUGACCAUAACCGGUCGUCAACGUGCCAAAAUUCAUCCUUCUAGUGUAUUUCAUGGUAAAUAUCGUCCGGAAUAUAUAAUUUUCUCUGAAAUCGUGCUCACCGAACGUAAUUUCUUGCGUCAAAUAACCGAGAUUUCACCGGAAUGGGUAGCCGAGGUUGUACCUCACUUUACCCAUCUUAGUCGCAUUAAAGUGUCAUCGUAAUUAUUGUUACAAUUAAAAAUUUAUUUAUGUUUCACUUUUAUACAUAUUUUUCUUUUAUUAAAUUAGUUCUAAAGUCUUAAUUAUUCUUUUAGGAGUCACCUUUUUUUUAAUAAAAACAUAUUUUUAAGUUAAAUAA